AUGCGUGCCCGCUACUCUAUCCUCCAAUGCUUCCUCUCCGCGCCAGACAAUUUUGUCAGCCUAGACUCUACAACCGAGGACCACUCUGACCUAACCAUCCAUCUCGAUCGCUCUAAGAUCCGUUCUCACGGUUUCAAGGCCGUAGAGAAGUAUCUGCAGGAACUUCACAUCUAUAAGGCAUCCGCUGACGUCAAUGGAGGUGUCGCUCUCUACGACAAGAUGACCAGCGUUAAUGACACCAUGGCCAAAUUCAGAGACGUCGUAAUGUCGAAGAAGCAACCGAGAAAACAGUUCGUACAGGCCAAUACCACGCUCAACGGAGAUGAAGUUACAAUCAAGGAGUAUGAGGCGACGCAGCAAGGAUUGAUCCAGAGCUGGUUGGAUCGGGAGGAUAUUGUUGGAGCUGCUCCACAAUACUAA